UCCCUGGAGCCUUGGAUCUUCCAGCAAGGCUGCACCCGUUCUUGGUUCGUUUCCCCGAGUGAUGGAAAAUUCGUCUGCGGCUUCUGCCUCGUCUGAGGCCGGGAGCAGCCGUUCGCAGGAAAUCGAGGAGCUGGAAAGGUUCAUCGACAGCUACGUUUUGGAAUAUCAAGUCCAAGGCUUGCUGACCGACAAGACGGAGGGGGACGGGGAAAGCGAGCAGACGCAGUCGAACGUCUCGCAGUGGACGGCCGACUGCAAUGAGCAGGUAGAGGGCAGCGGCUCCACAUCGAGAGGCAAAGGCUCCGGACCUCACAAUCAAAACCAGGAAGAGUGGGAUCACAGCAGCAGUAGCAGCUCAGGAUCCCGGCCUAGUUCAGGCUGCGGGCCUGGGUCUGCAUCAAGGUCUGCCGGCCAAGAGAGAAGCAGCCAGUUCAGGCAUUCUCGAAAGAAUGGCAACAAAGACAGUUCCCUUGACAUGCUGGGCACAGAUAUCUGGGCAGCCAAUACCUUGGAGCCCUUCAGCGGCGCCACCUGGGACCUGCAACCUGAAAAACUUGACUUCACGCAGUUUCACCGAAAACUCCGCAACACUCCUAAGCAUCCGCUCCCGCACAUUGACAGAGAAGGAAUCGGGAAAGGAAAAUGUGAGGAUGGAGACAGCAUCAACCUGAACGAUAUAGGAAAAGUUCUUCCAGCUUGGCCGGGCUAUCAUCCGUUGCCAAAUGAAGCUGAAAUUGCACACACCAAAAAAUUAUUCAGGAGGAGGAGGAACGACCGAAGGAAACAAAGGGCUCCCGGAGGAAACAAGUCCCAGCAACACCCGGAGCAUCAGCAAGGGACUGCCAAACACAACAGGGAACACCAGAAGCCCUCGCAGGGGAACCAAGCGCCCCACUCCUCGGGGCGGCCCAGCCACCACGGCUACAGCCAAAACCGGAGGUGGCACCACAACCAGAAGCCCUCGCCCAACGACAAAGAGACGCACAGAAAUGCCAAAGAGACCGAGAACUUGAAAAUCGAGGACGCCUCCGUCUGCACGGUGCACAUCCCCCUGGAGAUGCGCCGCAGCAGCGACGCCACAGAGAGGCACUGCCCGCAGUAUAUUCAGGAUCCGGAAAGCAAGCGGAAGGACAGCCUCCACGAACGGAUAAGCGAGAGGCCCAAAAUUAACCUACUCCAGUCUUCCAAAGACAGACUGCGCAGGAGGCUAAAAGAAAAGAUGCCUUGUCUUUCCCUUUUCACGGACCAGGACGAAGUGGCCGUGGAGUCUACCAACCCGCAAAAGAACAAAAUGGACAAACUAAUUGAAAUUCUCAACAGCAUGCGGAACAACAGCAGUGGGGUGGACUCCACGCUCACCAACUUCAUGGAGGAGGCCCAGAACUCCACCAACUCGGAGGAGAUGCUGGGGGAGAUAGUCAAGACCAUCUACCAGAAGGCAGUGACGGACCGCAGCUUCGCCUCCACGGCCGCCAAGCUCUGCGACAAGAUGGCGCUCUUCAUGGUGGAAGGCACCAAGUUCCGGAGCCUCCUUCUGAACAUGCUCCAGAAAGACUUUACGAGGCGAGAAGAGCUGCAGCAGAGCGACGUGGAGCGCUGGCUGGGCUUCAUCACCUUCCUCUGCGAAGUGUUCGGCACCAUGAGGAGCAGCACCGGCGAGCCCUUCCGAGUCCUCGUCUGCCCCAUUUAUACCUGCCUCAGGGAGUUGUUGCAAUCUCAGGACAUAAAGGAAGACGCCGUCCUGUGCUGUUCCAUGGAGCUGCAGAGCACCGGCCGGCUUCUGGAGGAGCAGCUGCCCGAGAUGAUGACGGAGCUGCUGGCGACAGCCCGGGACAAGAUGCUGUGCCCCUCGGAGUCCAUGCUGACCCGGUCCCUCCUCCUCGAGGUCAUCGAGCUGCACGCCAACAACUGGAACCCCCUGACGGCCACCAUCACACAGUACUACAACAAGACAAUCCAGAAACUGACGGCCUGAAAGGGAGCCGGGGACGAGA